AAUCAAAUAAUUUUAGUUGACAUUUUGAAUGACAAAAUAUGCCAAAAAUACUUGACAAAUUAUGGACCAAUGUGAGCAAAGCUAUAAAUGGUGCCAAUCAAAACAAUCAAACCAAUCGUACUAAAACGUUUACAUUGUCCGACAAAGUCAUAUUAUUUAAAGAAAAUUUCGAAGUUAUCGAUAUCAAUGAUUUAUCCAAGUUUGAAAAGUCACGAAAACAACUAAAACAAGAAAAAAAUUUAUCAUUGUAUUCUAAUUUGGUUACAUUGGAAACAAAAAAUAGUAAUGAGGAUUCAGAGAAAAGUGAAAAAGAUUCAGUCUAUUAUGAGAUAGUUUAUAGUCGUGGAGGUUCAUAUUCAUUUAUUGUCUAUCAUACAACUUCUAUAAUAAUUGGCGAACAAUAUUUUGAAUAUUUUUGUCGAUCAUUGAACAGACUAAGUAAAUCAAUUUCUAUGACAAAAUCUACAGCAUUUGAACAGUUACAAUUAAUAAUGGAAUCAUUAAAAAUUAAUUGUCAAUGGUCAAGUACUCAUAUAGCUGCUCGUCUUGGACUUGAAACACAUUUCAAAGAAUCACGUGAUAUAGUGUCUAUUGAAGUUAAUCUACAAAUGGAUGAUGAUAGAAUGACACCAUUACAUUUGGCCAUCAAUCAUCGUUGGCCAUUAAUUGUGCAGAAUAUUCUUGAUUUGUUACCAGAUCUUAAUUUGAGAGAUAGCAAACAGUACUCUUUUUUACAUUCAGCCGCUUUAUCGACACAUGAAAUUUUUACCAAGAUUCUCUAUCAACCGAACAUGUUUAACCGCAUUUUAUGGAAAAAUUAUCAAGGGUCUACGGCUUUGCAUUUAGCUUGUUUCUCCCAAAAUUAUAACGUGGUAUUUGAAUUUUUGAAAUUCGGUCUAACCACUCGUAUGUUAACAUUACCACCACCAAAACAAAAGGUGAAAUCGAUGGAAUAUUCUCAGCAAACAACAUCUUCCAAAAAGAGAGUUGGAUCCAGAAAAAAGAAAAUGAAAUCACCACAGACACCGCAUAUUGUUCAAUUUACUGAACAAGAUUUAUUGGAUAUUGAUAUACAGGAUAUUGUAAUGGCUGGAAGUCCAUUACAUUGGGCAAAACAUCGAAGAUUGUUAGAAAAAUUGAUUGCUUAUAAAAUCAGACUCAAUACACCUAAUAUGAAUGAAGAUACACCAUUACAUUUAAUGGUUAAACGUAAUCGUCUUCGAUGUGUACUCACAUUACUUUGCUCUGGUGCUCGUGUAAAUGUUCAGAAUAAAUUUGGCAACACACCAUUACAUCAUGCGGUCAAAAUUGAUGAGAUAACAUUGACCCAGACAUUGGUCGUAUUUGAUGCUGAUAUUGAUAUUCUUAACAAAGCUAAAGAAUCGGCAAGACAUUUAGCGGCCAAAGAGUCACCAUUUUCAGCACAAAUAUUAUUUGUUCUAUCAUCAUUGGGUGCUAAGAGAUGUUCGGGUGAUCAAAAAAAUUGUAACGCUGGAUGUCGAGAGGGUGGAGAUUUUGAUGGUAAAUGGAGUCCGGCAUUGAUUGAAUUGACAAAACAAUAUGAAAGUAUAUUUAGAAAUAUUAAAAAUCAAAAACAUUUCAAUGAAGAAAUGAAAAAAGAUACAAACGAAAAAAUAUCCAAUGAAAAUGUCAAUCUUUUAGCUUUAGAUGGGGGAGGAAUAAAAGGAUUGAUCACAGUACAAUUAAUGAUUGAAUUACAAAAAUAUCUAAAACGACCUAUUAUUGAUUAUUUUCAUUGGAUUACUGGAACUAGUACUGGAUCUUUUCUAGUUAUAUUUUUAGUUACUGGAACACCGUUAUCACAUAUACGUAAUAUUUAUAUGCAAUUUAAAGACAAAGUAUUUAUCGGUGAGCGACCUUAUGAUGCGGAACCAUUGGAAAAAUUACUCAAAGGAAUUAUCGGUUCCGAAGUCAGGAUGGAAGAUUUACUUACGAAUUAUCAUAGAAUGGUUAUAAUACCAGCAGGAUUAAUUGAUCGAAAACCCAUGAAAUUACAUUUGUUUCGAAGUUAUGAAUCUCAUAAUGAGAUUUUAAAAUUACCAGAUUUUGAUAAAGGUUUCAUUCGGCUACCAAGUCGUGAACAAUUAGUUUGGCAAGCUUGUAGAGCAUCCGGAUCGGCACCAACAUACUUUAAAACAUUUGGACCAUACAUUGAUGGUGGACUAAUUUCAUGUAAUCCUACAUUAGAUGCUAUGACUGAAAUUGAAUUUCGUAAUAUAGCUUUGAGAGAAGUGGGUCGUGAAUCGGAAUGUCAUAAGCUUCGAUUUGUAUUGUCAUUUGGAACUGGUCAACAACAAAUCGAAGAAUCGAAAGCAAUCGAUAUUGGUGCCUUUUCAUUGCGAUUGACUGAGUUAAACAAUCAGAUAAGAUACAUGUAUCAGAUGGCUUCAUUACUUUUAAAUGAAAUCUGUAACACGGAUAAUCACAUUGUAAACAGAGCCGAAGCUUUUUGUUCAGCCACAAAUAUUCUUUAUUUUCGUAUCAAUCCAGUGUUCGAUAAAUUAAUCGAAUUAGACGAAACAUUAGAUUUCAAAAUUAUCAAUGCUCUUUGGGAAACAAAACGUUUUAUGUACUUGAAACGAGAUGAACUUUGUCGUAUAGCCGAUUAUUUGAAUAAAUUUACAUGUUUUACCGAAUCAUCAUCGAUUUCAUCAUCACAUACAUCAUUAACAGAAAAAAUACCAGAAAUAGCCAAAAUACCAGAAAUCGCCAAAACAAAUGAAAAUAAAAUUAAUGAUCAACAACAGUCAACAAAUAAUUCGAUCAACUUAACGAAAACAACAACCGAAACCGAAACACUUGAAACGAAAGAAAACGCUGAU